UUUGCUCUGCAGGACACGGCAUGGUUGCGCUUGUGUACGUGAGCACCGAGUGUAACACUUCGAUGGUGCUCGACCCCACAGUUUGCACCUCUGUGUGCAACUUCAUUUGUUUCAUCGCAGAGAAGCAGCAAACACGCAAAAUGCCACAAUCAUCAAACAACGGUGAUGUGCCAACGCUGCAACGGGUGUUGCAGCAGUUGCAGCAGCAACAAACUUUGAUAGAGGAGUUGCAGCGACGGCUGCAAGAGCGCGAGCAGGUGCGGGAGCAACCGUUUCAGCAGCCUCUCCAGGAGGCCGAAGACCAGCCGGAGGCGCAACAGCAGCAGCAGCAAGAGGGCCAGGAAGCCCGCCAGCAGCAUGAGCAGCCGCUGGCGCAGCAGCAACAGGAGGCCGAGGAGCAGCCGCAGCCGCAGCAGGAGGCUGAGGAGCAGCCGCAGCAGCAGAAGCCAAAGCGAAUGA